UUUAUAAUAGGAACAAAAUAUUUAUAUCCUUUCUCUCUCUUUCUUCGUCUUUCUCUCUCUAGUCUCUCCACAGUCCACAGUGCCUUAUAUACACUUUCUCCUCACAUCACCAGUCUCUUCAACCAAAAACAUUGAGAGUUGAGACACUACUUUUUUCUUUGUAAUAUUAAUUUGAUUUUAUUUUUUAUUUUAUUUUUCCAAAACCCUCAUUUUUUCAUUCAUUUUGUUCUUAAUUUCUUAUUUUUAAUUUUAUCAAAAAUCUUGUCUUUUCUUCAAUCUAUUCAUCUACUCCAUCAAAAUUAGUAAGAAUUUUAAUACCCAAAAACAGAAAAAAAAAAAAAAGAAUUUGAAGCUAUUGUCUUGAAAAUUUGAGUAGAUGCAAUUAGGUAUUCAUUGAUUUAUCAAGACAAAAGAGCAAGUUGAGUGUUAAAUGGCACCAAGUAUUGAUUAUGAAGUAUCAAGUCUCUUGUGUGCAGAAGACAACACAAGUGUUUUUGAUGAAGAAGUUGAUAAUAAUAGUAAUUACUAUAAUGGGAAUGAUUUUGAGAUUUGUAUUGGAAAUCCAAAAUAUUCAUUUCAUUAUCAAGAUUACAACUUUCUUAAUGGGAAUGGCCCUAAUUUUUCUGUACCAUCUGAUGAAUGUUUAGCCUCUAUGUUUGACAAAGAAAUACAUUCUUAUCUGGGUUUUGAUUACUUGAAGAGAUUCAACAAUGGGGAUUUGAGUUUGACUUCUAGAAAUCAGGCUGUUCUUUGGAUUCUAAAGGUUCAAUCCCAUUACAACUUUGGUCCUCUUUGUGCUUAUCUAUCUGUAAACUACUUGGAUCGUUUUCUUUCGGCAUAUGAAUUACCAAAGGGUAAAUAUUGGAUGAUGCAGUUGCUGGCUGUUGCCUGUUUAUCCCUAGGUGCUAAAGUGGAUGAAACUGAUGUUCCCCUCUCCUUAGAUUUUCAAGUGUUUGAUAGAAAGUUUGUAUUUGAAGCCAAAACAAUACAAAGAAUGGAACUAUUAGUAUUGAGCACAUUGAAGUGGAGAAUGCAAUCAGUGACCCCAUUUUCAUUCAUAGACUACUUCCUCUAUAAAUUAAGUGGGGAUGUAAUGCCACCAAAGAGUCUAAUUUUGCAAGCCAUCCAACUCAUUCUAAGCACAAUCAAAGAAAUUGAGUUGAUGGAAUUCAAACCUUCAAUAAUAGCAGCGGCAGUGGCAAUUUCUGUUACACAAGACACCCAAAUAGUAGAACUCACCCAUAAAGCUUUCUGUUUACUUAUUGAUCAUGUUGAAAAGGAGAAAGUGAUAAAGUGUAUCGAAAAAAUGCGCGAUAUGAGAAUGAUAAGCAAAUGUAAUGGAUGGAGUGGCGCAUUAUCUGUGCCUCAGAGUCCGGUUGGUGUGCUUGAUGCUCCAUGUUUGAGCUAUACGUCUACUCCAUCGGUAUCCUGUGCAAAUUCUCAUUGUAGUCCUGCUCCACCUCCUAAGAGAAGGAAGCUAAACGGAGCCGUCUAGUUAAAAACUUGUCCUCCGAUGAUUAGGAGAUAAAAAAGAGAAAAAAAGUUUGAAGGGGAUUUUUUUUUCCCCUUUGUUUUAGGGUGUGUUUAUGGCAAUACAUUUAGUACAAAGAAAAUAGAAAAAAAGAAGAAAAUUGUUUGGAAUACUUUCAUUAUAAGUGAGUUUUAAUAAUUUGUCGGCUUAUUAUAAUUGAGUUUUGUCUUAUUUGAAGCAAAAACUAUCUUUUUAGAUAAGGUAUUGAGAUUAAAUUUUAUUUAGUCUAA